AUGUCCUUUGGAAAAGCUGAAGUAUUCUGGCCACAGGAUGAGGAUGUGCAGGAGAAGUAUACUAACACACUCGGUCUUGAAAGCAAGACCGAAUCACCCAGCCCUGGUGAAGUUGAACCCGUCUUUCAUGCUGGCCUUGGCGUUGACGCACAGAUUGAUGUUGUCAUAACACCUCAAGCUAAUGUCGGAAUCAAAAUUGGCGGCGGCAGCCUUGUCGGGGGCAAAACCUUAAUGGAUGCCCAGCUUAGCGGCUACGUCGACACCGAUCUCUCUUUCCAGGCACACGGUGACUACGACACCUCUGAUAAUGCUUUCCACUACCGGCUUGGAACCUACCUGUACUACAAUGUGGGGUACAAAGCCAAGGCCAAAAUCCUCGGUUUCAUUGACUGGGCGACGGGGGAUCGCGAGGCAUAUUCUCCUGCCAAGAUGAUCAAACUAUAUGAGAACACAGGCACGACCCCGAUGUCUGCACCAGACGUGGAUAAAAGAGGCGUCGAUUCCAAUUUUCCUCAGUUGGACAUGUUUUCCAAUAGCACAAUGUCUGUUCUGACACCGGGCCCGGCAAUUUUCCGUCGGGCUGAUGUGGACAUGGGGGCCACUGCCCCAUUGGGUCGACUGGAUUCAGACUACCAGAAUUGCGAUGUGAGUUCCGCGAUGAUGACUGGAUUCCUCUCGUCUUUUCAUCCCGCUUGUCUCCCUCUUACACCUUAUGCUUUCACUUUUUUUCUCACUAUAUACAAAUCACCAGUCAAUUGUGCCUGGCUUAGUCGAUAUUUGGUGAUAAACGAUGUAUUGGAUGCCUAUGGAAACCCCGAAAGGCUCACUUACGAAGUGCCCGGUCUGUGCGAUGGGAUCGUUAAGCUUGAUCCAUUGUGGACGAAGUUCACGUACUCCAGGGAGAUCAAGGGGGGUGCACGGGUUGAAAAGCGGCAUCAGUCGGUCUGCACGGACACGAAAUGUUCUGUGCAGGAGACGAAUGCGCCGAACAAAGCCGUUCGAAGAAAGAAUCUCAAAUUACAAUGCGAUGAAUUCCCCUGGGCCUCGACCGAGCAGGGGGGGACUUGGCUGCCCCAAGCUCAACGCCGGACCGAGUGCGUCCCUACUUUCCAGAAUACCUGGCAUGGGAAUUGUGUCAAGAUGAUGGGUGAAUUUACAUCAAACUGGAAACAGCUGGAUCCUGAGCCGCGUUCGGAUUCUGAAAUGCGAAACUAUUGGGUUCCCUGGCGCUCCACCUAUUGGGAAACCGCAGGCGAUUUUCCAAGUGGGACAGCCUACGCGAAGAAGUAUCAACAGCAGUUGCAGGACUAUGGCGAGCCCAUGCCACCCCCCGAUGGUGGUAUCCAAAAUGGCAACAACCAAGUUUCGUGGGCUUUCAAGCGAGACUAUGAAACUUCAUGGAUCCAGCCACAGAGCUCACUGACGUCCGCAGACUGGUGGGGUGCCAAUAAGCCUUCAAUGUACACCCCGACAUCCGUGGGACCUCUGGACAUGGACUCAAUUCUCUGCGCAGUGAACCAUUUCAACCAGGAAGAUGUGUAUAAACUCCCUGGUAGAGCUGUGAACUCGGAUGGAACAGACCAAGGUGCGCAAAAGCCUUAUAAUGCUUAUUGCAAAAAGACGAGUGGCAGCGGUAUCAAACCAGAUGGUUGGACUGUCCAAUACAAUGUAGCCAGGUGCUUGGUUCGUUUUGCAAAUAGCCAGAGCAGCAGUUCGGGUGCAUCAAAACGAGAUGCUCAGACCUGGAACGGGUGGGAAAUUGAGAGUCCGUUCUUCCGAACAAUCAUUAUCUUUUGA